GUGUGUGUGUGUGUGUGUGUGUGUGUGUGUGUGUGUGUAGAAGCCAUCAUCAUCAACCACAGCAGGUGAUAAUGAUGGUUCCUGCUUUCAUCGUCAUCGGGGCUAGCCAGACCAACCUGGGGCUGUACUCUGGGGUGAUGCUGUAUGCCUCAGGCCUGAGCCCAGACCGAGACCCAGAGAAAUGUAAACAAACGCAGUCAGACUUGAUAUACGGGUGAAUUUGUUGCUUUUUAGAGGGGCAAUGGAUCUGUACAUGCGUGAGGUAGCGAGGGGCGUGGCCAGGGGGCGGCUAGCAGCGUGUGCCACCAGGGAAAAGUGUAUGAACAUAAAAAAAGGCGCCUGUCAAGAAAGGCACAGAUGCAGGGUGGUGAGGCAGUGUUCAUCCCGGGGGCAGACCACACAGGGUCAGCAACACAGGUGGUGGUGGAGAGGCACCUGUGGGAUGCCCAGGGGAACACCAAACACGACCUUGACAGACAGAAGUUUAUUGAUGAAGUGUGGAAGAAGAGGAGGAAGGAACAAUGAUAUUCGACCAGCUGCGGCAUCUGGGGGCUUCACUUGACUGGGACAGCUGUGUUUACAAUGGAUGCAGCGAGAGACUGGCCUGUGUGUCUGUCUGUACAUCCUGACGGAAGCAUUUGUCUGUCUGUACGAUGCUGGGCUGGUGUACCGCAAGGAGGCUCUCGUCAACUGGUGCUGCAGCUUUCAGUCGGCCAUCUCGGACAUUGAAGUGGACCACCUGCACCUGACAGGACCCACGGAGCUCGCAGUCCCGGGGUACAGCAAACCGGUCAGCUUCGGAAAGAUGUAUGACUUCGCUUACAGACUGGCAGACUCAGGGUUUGCUGAGGUUUGAGGCGCGAGGGGCAGUGCCGUCGGCCCUGUCGGCACUGGGGCUGUACAGAGGGUGCCACGCCCACCCCAUGACGGUGCCUCACUGCAGCAGGACGCAGGAUGUCACUGAGUCCGUGCUGAGGCCCCAGUGGUUCGUUCGGUGCAAGGAGUUGGCACAGGAGGCGUCCGAGGCUGUGCAGAGCGGCUGUCUGAACUUGGUGCCACAGCUGCACAGGAGGGCUUGGCAUAGCUAGCUGGACAACAUCACAAACUGGUGUGUCUCCCAGCAGCUCUGGUGGGGCCACAGAAUGCCAGUGUACCACAUCACUGCAGCAGAUGGCGAGGAGGUGUGGGUGGCGGCUGCUCGGAGGAGGAUGCAAGACGGAAGGCUGUGGAGAAGGAAGCAGGAGGAAGAUCUGGACACCUGUUUCUCCUCUGGCCUGUUUCCCUUUGCCUCUGGGCUGGCCGGGUCAGGGGAGGGGAGAGACCAUGCCUGACCUUGCUCGCUUCUACGCAACGACCUUGAAGACUGGUCACGGCAUCCUCUUCUGGGUGGCUCAGGUGGUCAUGCUGGGACUCGACUUGAUGAGGAGGCUUUCCUUUGAGACUGUGCUACUGCAUGGCCUCCAGGGUGAUGGUGGCGGCCACAAGAUGUCCAAGUCCUGGGGCAGUGUGAAAGACCUCCUGGAUGUCAUCAGUGGGGCAUCCCUGGAGGCAUCCCAGAGUGUGGAGCUGAUGCCCUUCGGUCCACCCUGUGCUCCACCAGCUUCAAGAGUCAUUGUGGCAUAGAUAGAUGUGGGUGACUGUGGUGCUUUGAGUCUUGUGUGGAGUUACAAGACCGAUGUCGGACCAGAACGAGGCUCACGGAACGCCAAGGCGUUCGUCAUCGUCGUCCUCUGAGAAGAAGAGACGUGAGAAAGACUCUGUGCCUUUACUGGCCAGUAAAAGGAGGGCCACCCAGGACACGGGAGUGAAGGACGGCCCGAGUCAACCACGGCCCGAGUGUGGUUCACCACCAGCUGUGGCCGGCCCAAGUCGCGCCAACACAACAACCGAGUGCUCGUCUGGCGGUGAAACUAUCAACCGGCUAUCUGCAUUGUUGAGUGAUUUAAUUGAAAAACUCGACAAUAACCCAGUACGGGAAGAUGAGCCUUACGAUAACUGUGAAAAUAUUCGUGGCCUUCAUGACAUUUCCUCGUCUGAGGAAGACGCCACAGUAAAUUCAGUGGGUUUGCUUGACCCUUUGGAUGAACUGGACACGUUCCACUCCAUGCCUGCGUCCCAAGACUGUGAUGAGGUUGAUUUUCUUAAGGCAUUAGGGGAAUUCUCAGGUCUUUUCCAUAGUGAGGAACAGAAAGGAGAGCCCCUCUCUGAGCGUUUGGCCUCCAUCCUGAAUUUGAGUUUGAGACGUCGACCGUCCGCUGAAGGUAUAAAAUCUACUUGUGAAAAAAUCAAGCUCCCAGGCAAUGUGCCAAACCUAAAAGUUCCGGUGACCAACGCUGCUGUUUCCAAAACGAUGAGUUUUGGUGGAAAAUUGAUUGACGCCAAGCUUACUCAAACUAAUGGCCUGAUCUCAAAAGCUUUAGUUCCUAUUGCACUGUGCAUAAGCGAUAUCGGGGAAAAGAAAGGAAAAAAUAUAAAUUCAUACUUAGAUGGACUAAACAUGAGUCUUAGGCUGCUUUCCUCUGUUAUUAAUUACAUUAAUCAACUACGGAAAGAAGUUGCACGGCUCCAUGUUCACGACUCUGCCUUGGCUGAGCUUUGCAAGUGGGAGUAUGAGGUUGGACAAGAUGCUCUUUUUCCGUUUGAUGUGACUAAGAAAUGCAAGGAAAUACAUAAAACAAAGAAACUGGGAAGGCCUACAUACCGUCCUUACAAGUCUUCUUGGAGGAAGUAUGCUUCAAACAAGCAAACUAGGCGGCCCUAUCAGGUUUCCUCGCAUUCUCGGCUACAUAACCAGCCAAGGCCUUUUUUAGGCCAGAAGCAUCCCCAGGGGAGAGGGAUGCAUUUACCAAAACUCCACCAAUAAGCCACCCCAGGGUGAGUACUGUUGUACCCCCAAUGAUUAAUACUCCAGAUAAUUUUAAGGGAGGUAAAAUUUUUUAUGCCAGUUCAGUAUGGGGAUCACUCACAAAGGACAUUUUUAUUCACAAUGUGGUACAUGGUAAAUUUCUGGAUUUUGCCAGUCUACCCAGCCAGAAUAAUCCACCUAGCCCUUUGAAAUUGUCAACGGCUGAUAGCCAUGCCCUGGAUAUUGCUCUUUCAUUGUUCCUUAAACAACAAAUAAUUGAACGAUGUGAGCCAGAGAAGCAUGGGUUCUUUUCUAAUGUGUUCCCUAUUACUAAAAUUGACGGUACUACUAGAGUCAUCCUCAAUCUCAAGGAACUUAAUAAUCAUAUUACUCAUAUCCAUUUUAAAUUAGAUACUCUAAAGGAUGUGAUACAGUUAAUUCAUCCACACUGUUUUAUCAUUACCAUGGAUCUUAAAGAUGCAUAUUUUUCAGUUUUUGUUAAGCCAGAGGAUAGAAAAUGGUUACAGUUUAUGUGGAAAGAUCAGUUCUUUCGUUUCACUUGUCUACCACAAGGUUUGACGUCAGCCCCUCGUAUUUUUACGAAAUUACUGAAGCCUGCCCUAUCGCAUCUUAGAAAACGUGCAAUAUUGGUUGUAUGCUAUCUGGACGACUGUAUUUUCAUUGCAGAGUCGGAAGAGGAAUUAACAAGGGAUGCACACUAUGCCAUGCAGUUUUUUGACUCUUUGGGGCUCACGAUAAAUGUCAAGAAAUCAGUUCUGGAACCCACACAGGAAAUUACUUUUCUUGGGGUUGUGCUGAACUCUGUUGCUAUGACGGCCGCUUUGCCUCCUGUUAAGAAAGACCGCAUAAAGACGCAAGGUCGGCUUCUAUUGAAGGGAGAAGUUACCUUGCUUGACUUGUCCUCUUUCAUUGGUUUGGGCCGUGGCCUCGGAUCCUGCUAUAGAAUUGGCCCCACUUAGAUACAAAUAUCUCGAAAUUUUUCGUAACAGAACUUGCCAGAUACCAUGGAAAUUAUAAUUCAAAAAUUAUUCUGGAUGAUCAUGCCCGGGAAUUAAUCCAAUGGUGGAUUGAAAGUGUAGAUUAUCAGGUUAAAUCAUUACGAUCCUCUUCCCCCCCAACUGGUUAUGUUCUCGGAUGCUUCCCUUACAGGUUGGGGUGCAGUCAUGGGAGACGUUAAGAGAGGUGGUCACUGGGCGUAUAGGGAGUUGAAUCAUAUCAACUGCUUAGAAUUAAAAGCCAUUCUAUUGGGUUUAAAGUCC